AUGCGAGACAAAAUAUUCCUUGUCAGAAAACUUCCAAGAUUUGCACCGUACAUGUGCUCGUACAGUGACAAUGAUAUUUAUGGAAGAAUACGCGCAAUUUUAAACAAGGAACAGUUUAAAAACUUUUGUAAGAAUAACAUUUUUGGUUAUUUUAUGAAGAAGAAGAACAAGCAGUGUGUAGUGCAAGCACAGUUGUGUAGAUGUGUUAUGACGCUUGAGGUGAAGGGUAAUUCUUCUUCUGGGAUUAUGAUAUCUGCUAAUGACACCUUUCUUAGUUUUACUCCCAUGGAAUUUGCUAUCAUAAUCGGAUUGAGUUGUGUGUCUAAUAGAAACUGUACAGAAAAGGCAACUAUUUUUAGCAUUCACGGAGAAAGUAUGGGGGAGAAUAAUGAUGAGGAUGCUGAGAAAUUUGCAAUUCUGUAUUUCCUACAUUCAUUUGUGUUGUCUAACAUUGGCACUGUUGUUAUACCCCGUCUUUAUUUUGAUUUGGUAGAUAGUGGUAGAAAUAAGGAUUUUCCAUGGGGUUCUUUAUCUUUUGAAGAUCUGGCUAGAAGUUUGAACAACCGGCUGAAAGUUGGAGGCAAAUUUUAUUUGAUUCAGGGAAUGCCAUUGUCUAUUCAAGUGUGGCUAUAUGAGUGUUGCUCAAACGUCCCACCAAAGAUUGCAUUGAAGGUUGAGAAUCGGAUUUCCCGAUUAUUAAAUUGGAAGACAAUUGCACCUCGUCCACGUUAUGAGGUUUUGAUGAAUGCUAUGUUCAAGGACAAUGACAAGGUUGUAUUUAAGAACAUAGAGCCAACUGAAAUGGAAAUGGCAAAGCUUGAAAUACCAAAGAAGGAUGUAACUAAAGAUGAACAUUCAGUUAAUUCUGACGAUGACUUCCAGUAUCCACCACCAAAGAAGAUCAACGAAUGUUCAAAGAAGAAACAGAAGGUGGAUUCAUCAACCCCAGUAGCGACGAAACCUGCAGGGAAAAAGCAAUUGAAUAUUGAUGACGCACAUACCCAAACGAGGACUCUACCUCAUCGUGCUGCCAAGGCUGCUGUAAUGAAAACACCAGUAUUCAAGCCAAUUCCAACACGACAAGCUUCUUCUUCAAAAACAAAGGAACGGAAGAAAACAACUAGGUUUAUUUUUCCUCAGGUACAGUCAAAGGCAGAUAGUCAUGUAGAGGAAGUAGCCGCGUCAAAGCAUGAGAGUCAUGUUGAGAAAGAAAAAUUUAUUUCUAAGAAAGUUUUUGAUGCAUUUCGCGAAGAGGGGUGCACUGAUUUGCAUCCAAAUAAAACAAACAUUCAAAUUGAUUCUCAACAUUUAAUCCCUGAUGAGCUUCUCCAAAGUAUAAAUUUGGAUUAUAAUCUUUCUGAGAAGAUUGUUCAUCACGAUGAUCGAUUUACAAUUCCAGAUGAGUUGUUACCAAGUCUUAAUGCAUACCAAAGAGAAAGCACCACGAGACAUCCAUUGGCAACUUUGGAAGAAGAACAAAUCGAUGAAUAUUUUAAUGAUAAGAAGUCUAAAUCUGUUGUUCAAGAGCAUUGUCAGAAAAACAAAGAGAACAUUGGUUCGAGCUCUAAAGCAGACAUGCACGGAGAGGUUGAUGUUGGUACGGAGGAGCAGAUUAUGACAACUCCUAAAACACAAGACUUAACCAUUGAUGAAAAAAGGGAUGAAACAGUUUUUCCUGAUUCACAAGACAUAAUCCCUGAUGACUUGCUUCCUACUUUGAUAAAGUAUCACCUGAGCAACAAUGAAGAACACAUCGAGAAAAUCGACCGAGAAUGUCGAGAAUGCACCGGCGGGAGGUGGGUACCCAAUGCAGGUACCCUACCACCAUCUCCAAUAGCAACUGCAGGACGAACAAUAAUCGUCGGUGAAUACUGCGGCAGCGGCGACGGAGUAACCAAUACAAGUACCCUAUUAAGUGACAGCACCAGCAACAGCAGUCAGCGAUGA